UUCUGUGCUGAAUCCCUCCUCUCCUCCUACCAGGCAGUCGGGCCCAAUCGAGGGCUCGUGGUUCGGGUCUUGAUUUCAGGUUUAAAAGAGGCUUUUGUGCUUAAAUUAACUGCAGAUUUCCGGUUCUCGUGUGUGUGUGAUUUUUAAUUCUCCGACGGCGGUGGAGAUGCAUUGCAACUGUUCCGAAGUGACAGUUAAGGGAACCUUCCAACUCCGGAGGAAGCGAAUCAGUCGCCGAACGAGGGACCCUGUAGACAUUUUUUACGGUGUGCUGACACAUGUAGAUUACAAACUCAUUACUGGGUUGUAUUUAAGAAUAACAGUCAUGGUGGAAGUUGGAAAAUGGCCUAUGUUCACCUUGCUUUCCCCAGAAGAAGUUAAAUCUAUUCGUCAAGCAUGCGUCUUUGGUAGUUUGGCUAAUGAGGUUGUGUACAUAACAGAAAGCGGAGAAGUUUUUGCAUUUGGAGUGAAUUGCAGCAACUGUUUAGGAACUGGAGAUGGUCAGAGUACAGUUGCACCAAAGAAAAUAGAAGCUUUGUGUGGAAAGAAGAUUGUCUCUCUCAGUUAUGGAAGUGGACCACAUGUUCUUCUAGCAACUAAAGAUGGAGAAAUCUAUGCCUGGGGCCAUAAUGGUUAUAGCCAGCUGGGUAAUGGAACAGCAGGUCAGGGCUUGAUACCUUUCCUUGUUUCCAGCAUGGUGUAUGACAAGAAGGCAGUGGAGGUAGCAUGUGGCUCCCAUCAUUCUAUGAUGCUAACACCAGAGGGAGAGGUUUAUGCCUGGGGUUAUAAUAAUUGUGGUCAAGUGGGAUCUGGAUCUACUGCAAAUCAGCCAACACCUCGAAGAGUUGCAAACUCUUUACAAAGCAAAAAGGCUCUUGCUAUCGCCUGUGGCCAGACAUCUUCCAUGGCAGUGGCAGAUAAUGGAGAGGUAUAUGGUUGGGGUUACAAUGGGAGUGGCCAGCUGGGAAUAGGAAACAAUGGAAACCAGCUUACUCCUUGCAGACUGGCAGGAUUACAAGGGGUCUGUGUGCAACAGAUUGUCUGUGGUUAUGCUCACACACUUGCACUAACAGACGAGGGAUUGCUAUAUGCCUGGGGAGCUAAUAAUUAUGGGCAGUUGGGUACUGGGAAUAAAACCAACCAACCAGUCCCAGCGCUGAUAAAUAUGGAGAAGGAGAGGGUUGUGGAGAUCGCAGCCUGUCAUUCCAGUUACACCUCUGCUGCUAAGACGCAGAACGGUCAGGUGUACAUGUGGGGCCAAUGCCGGGGCCAGUCAAUCACUCUCCCACAUCUCACUCACUUCACUUGCACUGAUGAUGUAUUUGCCUGCUUUGCUUCUCCCGCUGUUAUGUGGCGUCUGCUGACUGUAGAACAGGAUGAUCAUUUGACAGUAGCACAGUCUUUGCAGAGAGAGUUUAACAGCUCGGAAACGUCAGACUUAAAAUUUUGUGUUGAAGGAAAAUACAUUCAUGUUCAUAAAGCUGUUCUAAAGAUCAGGUGUGAGCACUUUCGAACAAUGUUCCAAUCUUACUGGAGUGAAGAUGAAAAAGAAGUCAUAGAGAUCAACCAGUUUACUUAUCCAGUUUACCAUUCAUUUCUGGAAUAUUUAUACACAGAUUCAGUCAACCUGCCACCUGAAGAUGCAAUAGGUCUACUGGAUCUGGCUACUUCUUACUGUGAAAAUCGACUGAAGAAGCUCUGUCAGCAGAUAAUUAAGAGGGGCAUUGCUGAGGAGAAUGCAUUUUCGUUGCUGUCAGCAGCAGUCCGUUAUGAUGCUAUGGAUUUAGAAGAAUUUUGCUUCAAAUUUUGUGUGAAUCAUUUGACAGCAGUAACUAAUACUGAUGCUUUUUGGCAAAUGGAUGGCAAUCUGCUGAAAGAAUUCAUCUCUAAAGCAAGUAAAUGUGGAGCUUUCAGAAACUGAAGUCGCUGAAUGGUUCCAAUCGAAUGCAUGCAUCACUGUAAAUAUCCAACCAGAAUUGUAUAAUAGUUAGCCGGAAUCUUGUAUAACCAACCGAAUGAUAGUACUCCUUCCAUGAAAAAAACGACACAAGCCCAACUGCAUAAAGCCAUGUUGGGAUCAGUACAUGUACAAUUAAGGAUAAUACUCUAUUCUUCUGAAUAUAAGGCAACCCUGAUUAUAAGGUGACCUUCUAAUUGUUAGUUAUAUUGGAGAAAAAAUAAAAAAUGUUAUAUGGUAAUUACUAGUGCAAUCAAAAAACAUUUCAUGAUAUUGUAAAAUAAUAUUGUGGCACUUAAAAUUACUCUUAUAACAGUGAUAACAUUUUCCAAAUCGUAAAAUGCCUCUAUUUAGUAUGUACCAGGCUGUCGUGAUAUCACAUUAUGCCAGCCCUUCUCUCUCUCUAAGUUUUUCUAGGUUUUUCUCUCUCUGUAAUAAUUUCUCUUUCCUCCCCCCCAACCCAACUUUCAGUCUUAAUAAAAAUGUACAUCUGCACUACUGGCAAAAUAAAAUCCAGUUGUGCUUAUUUGUGGUAAUUGAAAAAUUAUUAUACAUGCAAUGUUAUUAGACUCAUGAUUGACUUGCACUGUGUGUGGAAUCAUUCUUAAUAACUUUGGCACAUAUGAGAAAUAUUUUAAUACUUGGACAUGCAGGCAAUUCGGUCCCUCUCCUCCCAAUAUUUAGCAGCCCCAUGGCAUCCUGUUUUUGGCUGAUAUGCAAAUAGAAUUUGAGCAGCAUUCUUAAACUUUUUUAUGGAAAGAACACCAUGCCUUAUAUUCAGAACAAAAUGCUUUAUGAAAAGUUUAGUUUAUUCAUGUAAAAUUGAGUGUCAAUGUUGAUUGUUAAAAUUGCAGUAGAAUGACUGCUGAUUGUGGUUGCAGUUGCUUUCCUGGAUGUAAAGAAUUUCAUAUCAAGUUUCCUGUGCAUAAAAUAGAUGAAAUAUUAUAAGGAUUGUAUUGGGACUCCCAUUAUAUUGAAAAUAUGUACAAUAUGAUGUAUUGUAAAUGUGUACAAUCUAACUUGUGCUAAUUUAUCAUUGUUUACCUGGAAAAAAUUGAAUUCCUUUUCAGCAGCCUUAUGGUAAUAACUACAUUGCGCUCUGAAUUAUGGAGAUAUGCGUAACUUUAGUAACUUGUGGCAAAGAAAAAAAAACCUCCAUGGCAUAGAUAUCAACUAUAAAUCUCACAAUAUAGAAAAUUAUAUGGUGGAAUUAGAUUAUUUCAGACAUGCCUUAUUGAUGUCUAAACAUCACUACAUAACUCCAGAGGUAUGUAAUAUUUUUGGAACUUCUCCAUUACCGGAUUGUAAAGUAGGAACGUAGUAAAGGUGCUUGUUCUUAACUUCAUUUCCUGGGCAGGAAGUAACGUCAAGGCAAGCAUCUUGACCGUGUGCCUCCUUAAAACAUUGUCUCUUCAUAUCUGUGGAUGUGCACCACACAAGGCAGGGCGAAACCUUGGGCAAGUUUUCUUAUUCCACACGCCUCAUAAUAAUCCCUUCAAAACAAUAAUAAAUUGUUCAUUUUCAAUCCAUGACUGUUUGUGGGACAC